AUGUCACUGAAGAAAGAAUCUCGAACAGACGUGCAGUUCCACCUUGCCGCGCUGCGAGGCGACUGCGACAGGCUGAGGCAACUUCUGGACACCGGCAAAGUGCAUAUUGACUCAAGGGAUCGAGAUGGUACCACUCCACUGAUCCUCUCAGCUGCGAUGGGGCAUACCGAGUGCGUUCAAGAGCUAUUGGCGCAGGGAGCCGACCCAGCCUGUUGCAGGACGACAGGAACGACGGCGUUAUUCUUCGCUGCUCAAGGAGGAUUCCUUGACAUUGCCAGACUGCUUCUAGACGCCGGGGCAGCGAUUGACGCACCAUCAACGGACGGCGGUACCCCACUCUUCGUGGCGUGCCAGUGCGGACAUCUACCGGUUGUUGAGGAGCUGAUACAGCGAGGGGCUAACGUCAACUCCUGCAUGAAGGACAAGGCGACCCCCCUGUUUAUAGCCGCGCAGAAUGGUCACGAGGAAGUGUGCCUGUGUCUUCUAGCGAAUGGCGCCGGAGUGGACAUGGCGAGACUCGACAGGGCCACGCCUCUUUGGAUUGCGGCACAGUGCGGACACCAAAGGGUCGCCAGGGCGCUACUAGCAGCCGGCGCAAGAGUCGACAUGCAUCGGCAGGACGGUGCGACCCCUCUAUUCAAAGCGGCGCACAAGGGUCACGCGACUGUUGUUCAAGAACUCUUGAAGUAUAACCCUAACCUGGGCUUACUACCGAACGGCCAGAGCGCCCUCCACGGCGCGGCCAUGUUCGGUCAAUUGUCGUGCGUGCGCCUGCUCGCGCGCCGAAGCAACCUGUCACUGCGCAACUCGCAAGGCCUCAACGCCCUCCAGGUGGCAGCACACGCCGGCAAAAAGGACAUCGUCGCCUACCUCUCGUCGCACACUUGA